AUGAAUCUUCCAGUAAAGCCAAUCGACAGCUGGUCAAGAGGAAUCUGCGAUUGCCUCGGAAACAGCGUCAGCAUGAAUCUUCCAGUAAAGCCAAUCGACAGCUGGUCAAGAGGAAUCCACCGUUGCCUCGGAAACAGCGUCAGCAUGAAUCUUCCAGUAAAGCCAAUCGACAGCUGGUCAAGAGGAAUCCGCAGUCCUCGGAAACAGCGUCAGCAUGAAUCUUCCAGUAAAGCCAAUCGACAGCUGGUCAAGAGAAAUUCGCCGUUGCUCGGAAACAGCGUCAGCAUGAAUCUUCCAGUAAAGCCAAUCGACAGCUGGUCAAGAGGAAUCCGCCGUCUUCUAUGA